UCCAGUCAGUCCCUUCAGCUCACAUGACUCCUCUGGCAAGCUUCUGGUCACGGCAGUCUGUCAAGGGAUCUCAGAGCUCUUUUCCUGUAGACACCGGGCGGAGACCGAUCCCAUCACCCAGCCUAGAGAACACAUGGUUCUAACAGUCAAGCAGACUGGGCAGACCAAAGGGGUGGGGGGCUGCCCCAUCCCCAGGAGACCCUAGUCCUUUAACCCUCCAUCUCUGAAGCGCUCCUGAGGCCACUGGUCGGCUGUGAUAUGCCUGCAGGACCCCGUCCUCUGGGGAGGCCUGUCCUAGACAAAGCAGAGAAUGCAUGCAUUGCUCACACUCUCCUAUGUGACUAAUUGAAAGCAGCGGGGAUGUUUGUAUCGACAGCAUUUUGGGCGAGGUAGAUAUUCGUCAGGUUCUGAGCAGGCAGCUCUGAGGGCGCCUAGAUUCCCGACAGGCUCGACGCGGGGACCUUCUCCGCUCCUUCACUGUUGCCGCCGCUGCUGCCAGCGCCGCGGUUGUUGAGGGUCAGGUGGAGCAGGAGCUGACUGGGACUCUGUGAAAAUAUCUGUUGCUGUUUCCCCCCCCCCCCCCAUUUUCUUUAUUUAUUUCUUUGUUGAGGGACUCUGCCUUUCUCCGUUGCACCCUGACUCCGAGGUGUCAAGGGGAGUCCCUGUGGACACCUCGGCGUGCAUAUAGGAGAUGCCGCUCUUUGCCACCAACCCCUUCGACCAGGAUGUUGAGAAGGCAACCAGUGAGAUGAACACUGCUGAGGACUGGGGCCUCAUUUUGGAUAUUUGUGAUAAAGUUGGUCAAUCUCGCACUGGACCUAAAGAUUGUCUUCGGUCUAUUAUGAGGAGGGUGAACCAUAAAGAUCCUCAUGUAGCUAUGCAAGCUCUGACUCUUCUAGGAGCAUGUGUAUCAAACUGUGGCAAAAUUUUUCAUUUAGAAGUAUGUUCAAGAGAUUUUGCUAGUGAAGUAAGCAACGUAUUAAACAAGGGUCAUCCUAAAGUGUGUGAAAAAUUAAAGGCUCUUAUGGUUGAAUGGACGGAUGAAUUUAAAAAUGAUCCACAGCUUAGUCUAAUAUCAGCAAUGAUUAAGAACCUUAAGGAACAAGGAGUUACCUUUCCAGCUAUUGGCUCUCAGGCUGCAGAACAAGCAAAAGCAAGCCCAGCACUGGCAGCCAAGGAUCCUGGGAAUGUGACUAACAAAAAAGAAGAAGAAGAUUUAGCAAAAGCCAUUGAAUUAUCUCUGAAGGAACAAAGACAGCAGCCAACCACCCUUUCCUCUUUAUACCCAAGUACAUCCACUCUUUUAACUAACCACCAACAUGAAGGUCGAAAAGUUCGAGCAAUAUAUGACUUUGAAGCUGCUGAAGAUAAUGAACUUACUUUUAAAGCUGGAGAAAUAAUUACAGUCCUUGACGACAGUGACCCCAACUGGUGGAAAGGUGAAACUAAUCAGAGCAUGGGGUUGUUUCCCUCUAAUUUUGUAACUGCAGAUCUUACUGCUGAACCAGAAAUGAUUAAAACAGAGAAGAAGACAGUACAAUUCAGUGAUGAGGUUCAGAUAGAAACAAUAGAACCAGAGCCGGAACAAACCUAUAUUGAUGAAGAUAAAAUGGACCAGUUGCUACAGAUGCUGCAAAGUACAGAUCCCAGUGAUGACCAGCCUGACCUUCCAGAGUUGCUUCACCUUGAAGCAAUGUGUCACCAGAUGGGACCUCUCAUUGAUGAAAAGCUGGAAGAUAUUGAUAGAAAACACUCAGAACUCUCAGAACUUAAUGUUAAAGUGAUGGAGGCACUUUCAUUGUAUACUAAGUUAAUGAAUGAAGACCCAAUGUAUUCCAUGUAUGCAAAAUUGCAGAAUCAGCAGUAUUACAUGCAGUCAUCUGGUGUUUCUGGUUCUCAGGUUUAUGCAGCACCUCCUCAAACUGGUGCUUACCUGGUUGCAGGGAAUGCACAGAUGAGCCAUCUUCAGAGUUACAGUCUUCCCCCAGAACAACUCUCUUCUCUCAGCCAAGGAGCAGUUGUCCCUGCUGCAACUCCAGCCCUUCCUACUCAGCAGACUCAGGCUUCUUAUGCUAACACAAUGGUUGCUUCUGUUCAAGGAAGUACAUAUCCCAGCCAAGCUACAGUAUAUAGUCCUGCUGCUGCUGCUGCUCCUGCUGAUGUCACUCUAUACCAGAAUGCAGGAACUUCUGUGUCCCAGGUGCCAAACUAUAGUUUAACAUCAGCACUGCCUCAACCAACAGUUAGUCAACAGCCUCCUCAGCCACAGCAGCCAUAUUCUCAGAAGGCUCUGCUAUAGGACUUGGGAUUUCUCUUUGUGGCAGAUACUUGCAAACUGCCACUGAGGAUAUAAUGAGAUUCUUUAAUAUCUUCUAAUUUGCUUAUCCUCAGUUUAUAGGAAUCUGUCCUGGUGAACAAGAUUAAAUAUUCAAGAAGGUAGAUCUCUCUCCAAUUUGCACUGACUUUUUAGAGGUUCUCUUCUCCCCCACCUCCCCCACCUCACCCAGGAACAAAACUUAGAUUUAAUUCCUUUCAUACUUUGAAGGAAUUGAUACAAGAUUAUCUGUCUUGUAAAGUUACUUGGUCUGCAAAAAGUCAAACUUACAAAGCUUUGUGGCAAUUGUUAUGUACAUAUAUAUUGGUGUGUAACUUCAUUAGUGGCCAUUUUGAAUCACAAUGGUGAUCUUGUGAAUAUAUUUAACACUGUUAAAUUAAUUUACGUUGCUAUUUUAUUUUAAUCAUGAACAACUGUUUUCAUGUGAAUUUAUGAUAAUUACACUAUCUUUCAAACUGCAAGUAAACAGGUUGCAGCAUAUUUACAUAAAGACAUUAUGAUGACCGGUUCAGUUUCACAUUAAACCAAACCUUUUGACUUGUCAGAUUAUAUAUAUAUAUAUAUAUAUAUACUCUUUCUUUUGUAGCCUCUGCAAACUAGUCGCUAUAUCAUCACACCAGUGUAUAGAAGUGAAAAUUUUGGUGCAAUUAUUGAAAAUAAUGAUGUUCCCUUUCAAUUUGUCAUUUUGGCAUGAUACUUCAGAAUAUUAUGGGACCAUGAGACAAAAUUAAGUAGGACCAUAUUCUUUAUGUCUUAUUUUAAAGAAGUGGUGAUUUACCUUUUUUUCUAUUUGAGGGUAGUCUUAGGUUUCUAAACUAUAUACUGUGUUUAUUGGUGGCAGUGACACCAAAGAUAGAAGCAGCGGACAGAAAUUUUUAAACUGGAAAGGAAAUAUAAAUUACACUACAUUUUCAAGAUCUCUUGUAAUUAUUUAGGAUAUAAACAGAAAUUUGAUGCGUCUGUCUUAUCCUGCUAGUUUUAAAUAUUGUCUUUAACAUAUUGUAUCCCUUAAUUCUUCAUUAAAAUGGAUCUAAGUAGAUGUUUCAAAGUAAUCUAUAUUCCUGAUGUUACUUAACAACUUGCAUAUUUAUUGUCAUUCAUACUGGAUUUUGGGGCUGCUGUCUCUCUUUCCAUUUUCUAGCACUUUUAUUUUGACUUCCUCUUUGGGGUAUUUUUUGAAUUAAUGCUUUUAAUGAAAAUGGAGUAUUUUCCACUGACAUAUGUUAUCUUAAGUAUUUAUAAUCUUGUCAGUUGUGCUCAACUAUUAUUUAAAUAACUGAAAAAAAAAGUGAAUUGAGCAUCAAAAUGAUCUAUCAGGCUUCAAACCAUAAAUGAAAAUUCAGGGGCCAGGUGGUGUUGCACCUGGUUAAGUGCACAAGGACCCAGGUUCAAGCCCUUGGUCCCCACCUGCAGGGGGAAAGCUUCACAAGUGAUGAAGCAGGGCUUCACAUCAGGUAGCAGGUCUCUCUCUCUCUCCCUUUCUGUUUCCCCUUACCCUCUCAAUUUCUGGCUGGCUCUAUCCAAUAAGUAAAGAUAAUUAAAAAAAAAAAAAAAAGAAAAACAAAAGAAACUUCGGUUUGUAUUUUCUAAGACUAUUGUAAUCUGGUUAUGUGUUUCUUUCUUGACAUAUGAUUUAACUUUUGACAAAUAAUUUAAUGACUAAUUUCUUAGGUUCAGCCUUUAAGCUCUAACUUCAGCUUGUUUCAUUCUAAUAUGUGAGUUCUUGAGAGCAUAUGCUGGCUUCAAAUAGUAAUUUAAAAUUUUAAAGACAUGCUUCACAUUAAAUUUUUAAAAAGUUAUUGUUUGAUAUAUAUUGCCAGACAGAUUGUUUUCAUCUCAAUUGGAAUAUUAUUAUAUUUAGUUCAUAUACUUCUAAGUAUUUUUUCUUGGGGGGUGGGGCUGCCAAGUUUUUCACUGGAACUUCAUGCUUGUGACUCCACAACUCCUGCUUCCCUCUUUUUAUUUAUUUAUUUUUUUAAGGUAUAGGGAUGUGAGGUAGAGAGGGAGAGAGAGAGAGAGAGACCACACCACUGCUCCACCACAGUUGACACUUCAUCUUUGCAGGUGCUCCCAUGUGAUAGCAGAGGACUUGAACCUAGGUUCUCACACAUAGUAAAGUAUGUGCUCUACCAGGUGAGGCAUCUACCAGCCUCCCCAAAUUGUAUUUUAUUUUUCUUCUUUUCUUUCCUAGAUCUGUUUGACCAUGGUAAAUGUAACAUUUCUCCGUUUUAUUUAGCUCCUUUUUUUUUUGUUGUUGUUCUAAAAUCAAUUAAAUACUCUUUGGUAUACUUUUUUGCUAGGUAAAAAUCAAAGAAUGGUGAACUGAAUGAAAAAAACUAUCCUCAUUGUGAUGCAUUUACAUUUCUCUAUUAUACAUAUUUCUAGACUGCAAAGGUUUAAGUAAUUAACACUUACAAUGUAUAAUGUUUCAGUGUGUGCUUUUCAUUUAGCAGGUAUUAAAAUACCAGGUGGACAAAUUCUAAUGAAGAUGUACCACUCAGUUUCCAGUUUUCACAUGAUAUGACAAAGAUAACAGCAGGACCAGUUAAGAGCACAAAUGAUUUUGUUCUUGAACCAGAAUAUGUUGCACAUUCAAAAAAAAAAAAAAGGCUUUCUUUAAAGUGUAGCUGUUUGCUUUUUUUAAAAGGAGCAAUAUAUGUAUGCACACGCAAAUUUAAGUAUGUGUGCAAAUAUCUAAAAUGAAAUAUCGUGCAUAUCUGUGAAGAAAAUUUUAAUUUUCAGUUUAAUUGCUUUUUAAAUUUAAUUGUGUUUCCAAUAAACUGUUAGCAUUUAAGUGGAAAAUUUCAAUCCACUUAGAACAAAUCCUUUGGCCAAUUGGAUUUUAUAGCAUCAAUGCAAAAACAACACAAAAUAUUAGGUAGUAUGUACAUAAUACAAUUUUAACUGUUGUCUAAUUCUAGUCUUUUAUCUCUUUAUUCAGUAAAAGACUAUGUACCUAAGUAUUCCAUUAUUUAUAUUAAAAAUUAUUGGGAGUUUGUUUAUACCUUUA